CCCGAUGGGGGCGGGAACUGUCCGGCGGAGCGGCGGCCGUCUGUGGCGAUCCGGUGGGUGGGAAGAAUCCGUCUCCAUCGGCCGCUGUCGGUGAGAUGAGGGCUGCCCUCUCCAUCCCCAUCCUGGUGUGCGGCCUCUUGGCCUCGCUGCGGCCGGUCGAUGGCGACUCCCUGGUCAACGAGGAGGUCCGGCGCUCCAUUGAUCUGGGCACCCACCUGGCCAAGAUCACGGCCGAGGUGACGCUGGCCAACGGCGGACCCUCGGCCGCCUCCUCCUUUCUGCUGGCCCUGGAGCCCGGCCUGGAGAACCACCUGGCCUAUCUCGGAGUCACCUUAAAAACCAACGAUGAAGAAGAAACCUCGUUGAAUCUGGAAGAGACUCUGGUCAAAGGGCAGAGUGGCAAGUUCUUCAAGGUGAAGCUGGGAACGAACCUGGCAGCUGGAGCCAAAGUUAAGCUGGCGAUCGAAUCCACAUUCACGCAUGUCUUGCGGCCUUUCCCAACGCACAUUGCCCAGGCUGAGAAGCAGUUUGUGGUGUUUGAGGGCAGCCAUUAUUUCUACUCUCCGUACCCCACCAAGACCCAGACUACUCGGGUCAAGCUCGCUUCAAAGAACAUUGAAAGCUACACCAAACUUGGUAACCCCAGCAAAUCUGAGGACUCCAUCGACUAUGGGCCAUUCAAGGACAUCGCUGCCUACAGCCAGGACCCACUGAGGCUGCAUUAUGAGAAUAACAGCCCUUUCUUGGCCAUUGUCAGCAUGACGCGCCUCAUUGAGGUGUCGCACUGGGGGAACAUCGCCGUGGAGGAGACCAUCGACCUGAAGCACUGUGGUGCUGUUCUGAAGGGGCCCUUCUCCCGAUAUGACUACCAGAGGCAGCCGGACAGUGGGAUAUCCUCCGUUAAAUCCUUCAAGACCAUCCUCCCUGCUGCGGCCCAGGACGUUUACUAUCGUGAUGACAUCGGGAACAUCUCCACUAGCCAUUUGGUUGUCCUGGAUGAUUCUGUGGAGAUGGAAGUCCGUCCUCGCUUCCCGCUGUUUGGCGGGUGGAAGACUCACUACGUCAUUGGAUACAACCUGCCCAGCUACGAGUACCUUUACAACUUCGGUGACCAGUACGCACUGAAGAUGAGGUUUGUCGAUCACGUAUUUGAUGACCAAGUGAUUGACGAUCUCACCGUGAAACUCAUUCUCCCAGAGGGAGCGAGGAACAUUCACUUGGACACACCGUACGAGAUAGACCGGCAGCCUGACGAACUUCACUACACCUACCUGGACACAUUCGGGCGCCCCGUCAUCAUUGCCCACAAGUCUAACCUGGUGGAGCAGCACAUUCAGGAUGUUGUGAUCCACUACACCUUCAACAAGGUGCUGAUGCUCCAGGAGCCCCUGCUCGUGGUUGGCGCUUUCUAUAUUCUCUUCUUCACCGUCAUCAUUUAUGUCCGGCUGGAUUUUUCGAUUACCAAGGACCCGGCAGCAGAGGCCCGGAUGAAGGUGGCUUCCAUCACCGAGCAGGUCCUGACUCUGGUCAACAAGCGGCUGGGGCUGUACCGCCACUUCGAGGAGGCGGUGAACAAGUACAAGCAGUCGCGGGACAUCGGCACCCUCAACAGUGGCCGCAAGACCCUGGAGACGGAGCACCGCGGCCUCUCCGCUGACAUCAACUCCCUGCAGUCAAAGCUAAAGACAGAGGGGUCGGAGCUGGCAGAGAAGGUGGCUGAGAUCCAGAAGCUCGACGGGCAGGUGAAGGACUUGGCCUUGAAGGCCAGUCAGGAGGCAGAGCGGCUGGUGGCCGGGAAGGUGAAGAAAGACGCCUACAUCGAGAACGACAAACACCUCUCCUCAAAGCGCCAGGACCUCAUCUCCAGGAUUGAUGCCAUCCUGGACGCCUUGUAGUGCCGAUCGGUUGACUUUCCGUUCCUCUUCCCCUGUAACCAAAAGAUUGGAUGAUAUUAAAAUGAAUAGCUGAGUUCCUUCCCUGUAUAACGUGGGUUUAGUGUAAUCGGGUUGACAGGUGGUGACCCCUGCUAACUCUGAGGCUCGUUACGGUGUGGGCAAGUGUUUCAGUUCAUUUUGUUUCAAACCUUCCCCGCUGAAUCAACCCUUUGAGGAGUUCUAAGGUUGGCAGGUGGUUCCUGGAGUCAGACUCGAUGACUGAUACUUGGAGCCAGAUUCAGUGCGGGGAACUGCUGUGAAAGUGACUGCACCAACUUCUGAACAGUGCCUGACAGGAUGUCCCCUCCCCCUUGUAAUCUUCUGUGAAUGUUUUUUUUUAUUAAAUGCAUGUAAAAGCUGUGGUUUUGUAUGCCAAUCAGGACAAACCCCUCCCCUGGGCACCAGAUGUGGGGAAGGGGCUUGGGGUUGUGUCUUCCUCGUUCUGACCGAGAAGCCCACUGUAAAUUUAACUUUGAUUUCUUAAUUUGGAAAAUGAGAAAAUUAAAAGGACGUCUUGCCGUCUCCGA